UUACAAAAUGUCCGACACUAAUUCCGAAAAUGACGUUUUAGGGCCGCCUUCCUUAAAGAAAAUUAAAAUUGACGAGCAAAAUGAGAACGGUGUCGACGACAUUCAAUUGGAAUUGAAAGACUUUAUUCCUGUGAAAAUUCUUAACAAUAAUACGAAUAGGAAAACUGUGUGUAUUCAAGGUACAUAUAAAGACAAAACUGGUGUGGCUUUGGUUUUGUUAGAAAAAAAUGCUUUCAAAGAAGAAGAUUUAGACAAUAAAGGGUAUUUUAGUGAGGAUACAAAGCUGCGAACGUUCUUCAAGAACGAUAUUUAUGGUUACUUCGAAUGUUUCCCGCUUCCUGAAAUAAAUGGUGUAAAAACAACAAUCAUCUACCCUGCUACAGAGAAGCAUAUCACAAAAUUCAGUCAACAAGAAGUUCAUGUUAUAUUGGAAACUCCAGAGUUGUAUGAAAAAUUGACUCUACCACAUAUUGAAAAAGAACAGUUUAAUUUACAGUGGGUGUACAAUAUUCUAGAAGGUAAGAGUGAGCAGGACAGAGUGAUAUACGAUAACAAGUGUGAAAGAGAAGGCUUUGUCCUAGUCCCGGAUCUAAAGUGGGACGGUCUCACUAAGGAGACAUUGUAUUUACUAGCUAUUGUGAGACAAAGAGGUAUCAAGUCUUUGAGGGAUUUGAAUGAAACACAUUUGCCGUUACUAAAGAGAGUCCGAGACGAGGGAAAGAAAACAAUAUACUCAAAGUACAAAGUGUCAGGUAGUCAGUUACGUGUCUAUCUUCAUUACCAACCUUCAUUCUAUCAUUUACACAUUCAUUUUACAUAUCUAAGACACGAAGCACCCGGUAUAUAUGCGGAGAAAUCACAUUUACUUGACACUGUCAUUAAUAAUAUUGAAAUGAUGGGAAAUUACUAUAAAAAAGCAACUUUACCUUUCACAAUUCGUGAAAUGGAUACCAUUUUUAAUGUCUAUGAAACAAACGGACAUGUAGAAAGAAUUAAGACGGAUAAAUAAAAUAAUAUAAGUGAAAAUGUUAGUAAAAAA